AUGGAGCAACGCCCGGCCAAGCGGCGCCGCACUGGAGACGCGGUCCCUGACAAGCCAUGUCCCCAUUGUGGCCGUGCCUUCCGACGGCUCGAGCACCUCGAGCGCCAUGUCCGUAUCCACACCAAGGAGAAGCCCUUUGUCUGCCAGUGUGGCGCUGCGUACACCCGCCGUGAUCUGUUGACGCGUCACCAGAAGCUGGCUAGUCCUUCCGGCGCAGAGUCAUCAUCAGGCCACACCACCCUGUCAGCGCCAACACAGAACCAUGCCUCAGACCCUUCUGAGCCAGAUGCUGCUGCCGAGACCGCGGCUGCGGCGUCACUUUCCGGGAUGAGCAUGAACUCGUGGAGUCAGAGCAUGCCCUUGAAUCAUCGAUCGGAACAUGGCGGCUCGUUCCAGCCUGUGCCGCAUGUUCUGCCACAUCAAGAAAUUCAACAACCUUUGGCACAACCUCUGCUAGCUCAUGACUUUUUCGAUAACAGUAAGUGCUGCCAAGACGUCACUGGUUUCGAUCACUUCCGCGAGUUCGCCAACUUCAUUGACGGAGUUGGGUUACCAGCUGAGUGGAGCCCAUACUUCCAGGGACCAGACUUCAACGAAGAGGUCCUUGAUAAUCAAGCCCAGCCAGCGACGGGGACAUCUACACCCGGUGGUCGAAAUGGCAGGCCAGGCACCCCAUUCGGCUGCUGGCUCCCAUCCGUUCCCGGGGGAAGCCGGAUUGCUGAUCCCUACAGUGACACGCGAGAAGAGAAAGGGCUCCAUCCCUUGAGGGUCAAUGACGAACAGCGUGCAUACAUACAACUUCAGCUGGAGGCAUUCCAAGACGUAAUCAGCCCUGACUUUCGACUGCCGUCACGGCACGCUCUUACUAGAUAUGUGAUUUCAUACUUCCAGGGUUGGCAUCUUCACAUGCCUUUUCUGCAUGAACCCACAUGGCGCAUCAUCAAGUGCCCAGUCGAGCUUGUUCUUGCGGUCGCGACCGUCGGUGCUCAGUACUCUUUCGAGCAUCGUGUGUCGGAAAAGCUCUUUUAUGCCGCUAAAGCCGUGCUUGCGAAACGCCUCGAAUCGGAUAGGAGCUCGUUGGGCAUUCACACGAGCUCGUUCCUAGCCACGAAAAGGCAAUCCCACCUCGGUAUCGGCUCACGCUCCAGUCUGGAUGAAAGAGAGCCUCCAGGAAAUCCGGAAGACUGGCGGCUGAUCGACGCCGUGAGUACCCUGGUAAUUCUCAUGGGCUACGCCACUUGGGAGGUCAAAGGAACCCUGUUAGCGGAAGCCUUUUCGUUACAGAGUCUGCUUGUCCAAGUACUCAGAGACGUCGGCCUGCACGAAGACGAGGAAUCGAUAAGAGUGCCAACUUUCAACCCCUCAGACCCUGCUAGCCUCCAUUCUGCAUGGUUGAUGUGGGCAAACCAAGAAUCGUCUCGGCGCUCGAAGCUCAUCGCAUUCACGUUCUUGCAUACUCACAGUGUCGCAUACAACGUGUACCCUGUGCUGAGGACGAACGAGGUCAAUCUUCGCUUGCCGUGUGCCACGCGUGAAUGGAAGGCUCAUACAGCUGAGCAGUGGCAACUGGCUCGACAGAAUGCCGGCAAGGAACAACUGAAUUUCCAGGCGGCGUUGUCUUCUCUGCUUCGACACUCAGAAGACAGCGCGGCUCCUCUAGACCCCAUACCCACCCCGUUGGGCAACUAUGUGUUGUUGCAUUGUUUGCUCCAGAGAAUACACAUCGUGCGAGACCUCUCUCUGCCCAUCAUGGACCAGACGGCUUCGCUCCCAGCCGAGGAAGUCAUCAAGCUAGAGCGUGCUCUGCGGCUAUGGACAUCUGGCUGGCAGCAGGCCCCCGAGUCAUCGCUUGAUCCGAAUAAUGAGAACGGGCCAAUACCGUUCACAUCCAGCUCUCUCCUCGGCCUUGCCUACGUUCGCAUCUACCUCAAUCUGGGUCCCUACCGAUUUCUGGAGUCCCGCGAUCCGACUCGCAUCGCCAAAGCUUUGAGCCGCUCCCCAAAAGUCGAGCGGAGCGAUGGUCUGAUCUCGGCCCUCCUGUACUCGGCUCAUGCCCUUAGCAUCCCCGUGCGGCUUGGAAUCGAGCGCGUGGCCCGGAGCCAGGCGUUCUUUUGGUCCGUCAGGCACUCUCUUUCCGGAUUCGAGUGCGCAGUGCUCCUCAGCAAGUGGCUGUUUUCACUGGAGCCUGGUACGAAUGGUACCACCGUCGCGCCUCUGACUGACAGUGAAGACCGUAUCCUGCACUGGACCAGGUAUAUUAUCGACGAGGCCUGUGCCGUAGUCGACUUCGAGGAAGACGCUCCCGAGCACGCGGUCACCUCCCAGGAUCCCCAUCGCGCGAGCCCGUCACACCUUGCGCUGUCGGUGUUGAGGAUAUGGUCCCACUUCUUCAAGGGCAACACGCAGUGGCCGUUCAUCAACAUGCUUGGCAAGAGCCUGCAGCUGUAUCGCGAGAUGCUGCUGACAAGGUCUGGCGUUCCGUAG